AAGCAAUGAAAGUGUUGAAGCAGCGCUCCCUUCGCCGACUAUAUAAACUCGUCCACAGUCGUUCCAAGUCAUCAGUUGUUCAACUCGUCAUCCCAAAACAACAUCAUGAAACUGUUCAUCGUCGCCGCCGUCUUGGCUGUUGCUGCCGCCGCUCCUUCCAGCUACGAGCCGGCCUACAAAGCCCCUGCUCCCUAUGGCGCUCCUAGCUACAAGGAUAACAAGUACGCCGACAUCAAGGUGACCAGCCAAUCUGAUGAGCGCAACAUCGAUGGCAGCGGUGCAUGGAGCUACGCCCAGUCUGACUACACCACCCGUGACGAGUCGUACGCCCAGAAGAAAUUCCAAGGCAAAACCUACGACUCUUACGGCAAAGAAUCCUACGGUGAAGUCCACGGCAACACCAACAAGGGAGCUUCCUACUGGAUUUCCCCAGAAGGCGAGCGAUUCACUUUAACCUGGGCUGCCGAUGAGGCCGGUUUCGCUCCCAAGGGUGACCACUUGCCCGUUGCUCCCGUCCACGUCUACGAACUUCCAGUGGCCCCAGUCCAUGAGUACGUUCUCCCCGUUGCCCCCGCCCUCCCCUACAAACGCACCGGACUCGGCUAUUAAAAUCCUGAAUCGAACUGUAUUUGUACGGGAGACACCCAAAUAUCGUGUCAUCUAUCCUAGAACUGUACCAAUGUAAUUUAUUGGUGAGAAAAAAAAUAUAUUUUACCUGCGCUCACGUUCAAAAAAUGUCUAGCAACGCCUUUCGUUUAUUUCAAAAGAACUCGGGAAUGUUUAUUAGCUCAAUAAAGUUUCUCCCCCCUGAGAA